AUGCGCCUCUGGGACCGCUGCCUCUUCGCCAGAGUCGCGGCCGGCUCCCCGCACCCGGUGGGCCCGCGGCACCAGCCCGAGCUCUUCGGCCGCCUGGCGGGCUCCGCCGCCGCCGAGACGCUGGCGCGUCGUCGGCCGUCGAAGGUCCCAGACGUGUCUUCGCUGUGA